AUGCACCGCCGUGUGUUGGCCAAGACGCUGCGUGAGGCGUCUCCGUUCUUCGUUAUUGCUGGUCCAUGUGCAUUAGAGUCCGAGCAGCUGGUCCUGGACAUCGCCCAUCGCUUGGCAGCAGUCCAGCAACGCCUGGACAUUCCGGUUGUCUUCAAGGGGAGUUUCGACAAGGCCAAUCGUCAGGACUUGACGAGUUAUCGAGGACCGGGACUGCAACGGGGACUGGAGAUGCUGCAACUCGUGAAGGACGGCACGGGACUGCCCGUGCUUACGGACGUCCACGAGACGCACCAAGUGGCGACAGUGGCCGAAGUCGCCGACAUCAUUCAGAUUCCAGCUUUUCUCUGUCGUCAGACUGAUUUGCUGGUGUCUGCUGCCAAGUCUGGACGACUCGUGAACCUCAAGAAGGGACAGAUGCUCUCAGCUGAGACCAUGCUGCUGGCUGCGAAGAAAGUGGCUGUCACACAAGGCGACGAUACUCUCAUUUUGACAGAACGUGGAAGUAUGUUUGGUUAUGGGGACUUGGUAGUAGACGUGAGAAAUCUGCCAAAGCUGCGACGAUCCAACGGUCUCGUUGUCCAAGAUGUUACGCACAGUAUUCAGCGACCAAGCAUCGCAAAUGCUCACGUCACUACGAGUGGAGGAGACCGCAAGUUCAUCCCGGCCAUUGCGAGAAUGGCUGCAGCAGUCGGUGUGGAUGGAUUCUUUUUUGAGACGCAUCUUGAUCCGGAAAAGGCGUUGUGUGACGCAGCGACAAUGCUGCCGAUUGACGAGCUGGAGCCGCUUCUGGAAGAGCUGAUGGCGAUCUCGAGGGCAUCCAGAGCUUUAUCAUAA